GUUUGGUUUUGGCGGGAGCGUGUGUGCGUUUCUGCUCUUGCAUGAACGGCGAUGUGAUCGGAUCGUGGUAGAGCGUAAAUUGUUGUUUUGUUAGUAGAGGGUCAGCGUAAUUGUCUCUUGAAAGAUUCUUUUGCAGUUUCUUUGCCCCCUCUAGUUGUUCUCUGACGAUGGGAAUUACCGGUUUAUCGAAGGUAAUCGCUGACAAUGCGCCCGAUGCUAUUAAGGAAUCCGACAUCAAGAGCUACUUUGGAAGGAAAAUCGCAAUAGAUGCGUCGAUGUGCUUGUACCAGUUCCUGAUCGCAGUGCGUCAAGAAAACAACAUGCUCACCAACAGUGAAGGCGAGACCACAAGCCACCUGGUCGGGUUCUUCUACCGAACAAUCCGAAUGAUUGAGAAUGGGAUCAAACCCGUGUAUGUUUUUGAUGGAAAGCCGCCGGGCAUGAAAUCGUCGGAGCUUGAAAAACGCCAAGAACGUAGAGAGGCAGCCGAGAAGGAACUGGAGAAGGCAGAAGAAGCAGGAAACCAAGAAGAAAUCAAUAAAUUCAGCAAGCGACUCGUAAAAGUGACCAGGCAGCAUGGUGAAGACUGCAAGAAACUUCUAGCUCUUAUGGGUGUUCCAUAUAUAGAAGCCCCAUGUGAAGCUGAAGCUCAGUGUGCUGAGCUUGUUAAAGGUGGUAAGGUUUACGGGACUGCAACUGAAGAUAUGGAUGGGUUGACUUUUGGCACAAAUGUCCUGCUUCGUCACAUGACAUACAGUGAAGCUCGAAAAAUGCCUAUCAAGGAGUUCAACCUUGACAAAGUACUCAGUGGGCUCGAGAUGAAUCGUGACGAGUUCAUAGAUCUUUGCAUUCUACUUGGGUGCGACUACUGUGAAAGUAUUCGAGGAAUUGGACCAAAACGGGCAGUGGAGCUCAUCAAGCAGCACAAGUGCAUUGAAAAAAUAAUCACUGCAAUUGACACCAAGAAAUAUACUGUGCCUGAAGAUUGGCCCUACAAAGAAGCCCGUCAGCUUUUUUUGGAACCUGAGGUUACUCCGGCUGAUAAUGUCCAAUUGAAAUGGAGUGAUCCUGAUGAAGAAGGUCUUGUAAAAUUCCUUUGCGAGGAGAAUGGCUUCAGUGAAGAGCGCAUCCGAAAUGGUGCCAAGAAGCUGCUGAAGGGGCGUAACAGCACCACUCAGGGGAGGUUGGACACCUUCUUCAAGGUCCUUCCAUCAGAUUCUUCAGCCAAGCGCAAGAGUGAAACAGCAAAUGAAGCCAACAAAAAGAAAGCAAAGGCAGCUGCUGGGAAAGGUGGCAAGUUCAAGAGGGGCAAAUGAAGCCACAGUACCACAUACAACCACAACUAGAAAACAUUUGGCAUUUAAUUGUGCGCUUUUCCUUCCUAGCUGCAUGUCUCGUCAGUUUUAUUAA